AUGAAACUCCCGUGUAUGGUUUUAUCACUCCUUUUUUUUUCCUUCACCAGUACCAUUUUAGCAGCAGACAUCCCCCUAGGGUCAACCAUCUCUGCCUCAAACCCAAACCAAUCUUGGUCUUCUCCAAACGGCACCUUCUCUCUCGGCUUUACCACUGAUGGAUCCACAAACACCUACUUCUUGGCCAUCACCUACAACGGCUUUCCCAUCUGGAAAGCCGGUGGUGAUCCUGGUGGCGUCACCGACUCCACCGCCACCCUCCGCUUCCUACCCAGCGGCAACCUCCAGCUCCUCAACGGCUCCACGAACGCCCUCGUCUGGCAGUCAAACACCGCUGGCCUCGGCGUCUCCGCCGCCUCCCUCAAUGACUCAGGUAACUUCGACCUCAAAAACGACACCGUUUCUGUUUGGUCCACAUUCAACAAUCCCACUGAUACAAUCCUCCCAGGCCAAAACUUCACUACAAACAACAUUUUGCGAUCUGGGUUGUACUCAUUUCGGCUUCUUAGAUCAGGAAAUUUAACUCUUACAUGGAAUGAUUCUAUUGUUUAUUACAAUUCUGGGCUGAAUUCAUCUAUGAAUAUAAACUUAACUUCACCAAGUUUAGGCCUUCAGCCAAUUGGCAUAUUUUCUCUGUUUGAUCCUUCUCUUCCGGGCCCGGUAAUUAUAGCUUAUAGUAGUGAUUAUGUUGAGGGGACUGAUAUACUGAGGUUUGUGAAGUUGGAUGGUGAUGGAAAUUUGAGGAUUUAUAGCUCUGCUAGGGGUAGUAGAACCGAGAUUGUGAGAUGGGCUGCUGUUAGUGAUCAGUGUGAAGUAUUUGGUUAUUGUGGGGAUUUGGGUAUAUGUAGUUACAACGAUACGAAUCCGGUUUGUGGGUGUCCUUCGGAGAAUUUUGAACUGGUUGAUCCGAAGGAUAGUAGGAAGGGAUGUAAGAGGAAAGUAGAGAUUGAGGAUUGUCCUGGGAGUGCAACAAUGUUGCAAUUGGAUCAUGCUAUGUUCUUGACUUACCCUCCAGAGAUAACCUCACAAGUUUUCUUUGUGGGUAUUUCGGCAUGUAGGUUGAAUUGUCUUGUGAGUGGUUCUUGUAUUGCUUCCACUUCAUUAGCAGAUGGGACGGGGUUGUGCUACUUAAAAGUGCCAGCUUUUGUUAGUGGCUAUCAGUCUCCUUCGCUUCCUAGUACUUCAUAUCUUAAAGUUUGUGGUCCUGUGAUACCAAAUCCAUCUACUUCUUUGGUGGGUAUUGAUAAGGACAAUGGUUGGAGGUUGCAUGCUGGGAUUGUUGCUGUAGUGGUUGUGGGUAGUCUCUUGGGUUUGAUUGUGUUGGAGGGUGGUUUAUGGUUUUGGUGCUGCAGAAAUAGCCCCAAAUUUGGUGGAUUGUCAGCUCAAUACGCACUGCUUGAUUACGGGAUGGUGUUGUUGGAGAUUGUGAGUGGCAAAAGAAACUUUGAAGUCUCCGAAGAAACAAAUCGGAAAAAGUUCUCGGUGUGGGCUUAUGAGGAAUUCGAGAAGGGUAAUGUUGAGGCAAUUGUGGAUAAAAGACUUACUAGCCAGGAGGUGGAUAUGGACCAAGUGUUGAGGGUGAUUCAAGUAAGUUUUUGGUGCAUCCACGAGCAGCCUUCUCAAAGGCCUAUGAUGGGAAAAGUCGUGCAAAUGUUAGAAGGGAUUACUGAAAUUGAUAAGCCGCCAGGCCCAAAGGCCUUUACAGAAGGAUCAGUUGGUGGGACUAGUGUAAACGCCAGCAGUGUCAGUGCUCUGUCCACCUUUGCAGCUUCAGCCCUUGCUCCCUCCUCUUCAUCUUCUUUCCAAGCUGCCGGUGUUUCAUCUAUUGCUUCAGGAAAGAAUUUGGAAAGGGCAUCUUCGUCGCUUUUACAGUCGGAGUCAAAUUGA